AAAACCCACCCCCAUCAGGCCAUCACCAACAUAUCUAAAGUUCAUUGCAGGAACCUCAAAGCCUUCAUCUCUCUCUUCGUUUCCUUCGCAUCGAGAGUGCCUUUCUUUCUGGUUUCAAACCAAUUCCUAAGAAAAAGUGGAAAUGGAAAAUAAAACUAUUUUCGACAGCUGAACAAGGCCUAAAGUUUGGUGAGCAAAAACAUGCCAAACAUGCCCGGCAUGGAAUCUGAAGAUUGAUUGAGGACAUCUUUUGAGCUAAAACAUUGCAAUGAAACUCAAAGAAGGUGGGUUAGAGAGUUCUAGUAAGGCUGAUUUAACUCCAUCAGCACUGAUAUGUGGGCUUCCAGAUGAUAUAGCUCUUUUCUGUUUGACAAGGGUUCCUCGGAAGUAUCAUGGACUUCUCAAAUGUGUUUCAAGGAGAUGGAGAGACUUAGUGUGCAGUGAAGAAUGGCAUUCUUAUCGACGAAAGCAUAAUCUGGAUGAAACUUGGAUUUAUGCUUUGUGUAGAGACAAGUCUGAGAGGGUUUGCUGUUAUGUGCUAGACCCCAGCCCAUCAAGAAGGUGUUGGAAGCUUGUCGAAGGCAUUCCGUCUCACAGCUUGAAGAGGAAAGGCAUGGGUUUUGAAGUGUUGGGAAAGAAAGUUUACUUAUUGGGUGGCUGUGGUUGGUUUGAAGAUGCUACUGAUGAAGUCUACUGCUAUGAUGCUUCUACAAACAUUUGGAGUGAAGCUGCUCCAUUAUCAACUGCAAGGUGCUAUUUUGCCUGUGAAGUUCUCGAUGAGAAAUUAUAUGCCAUCGGUGGGUUGGGCUCAAAGUCAAGUGAUCCCCAUUCCUGGGACACCUAUGAUCCAUGCACAAACAGCUGGAAACCUCAUUCAGAUUCCAACAUUGUCCCAGACAUUGAAGAUUCCAUAGUCUUGGAUGGGAAAAUUCAUAUACGUUGUGGCUCUUCUGCUGUAUCUUCUCAUGUGUAUGCAGUUGUUUACGAUCCAUCAAGCGGCACAUGGCAGCAUGCAGAUGCUGAUUUGGCGUCAGGCUGGCGAGGUCCAGCUGCUGUUGUUGAUGGGAAGCUUUAUGUGUUAGAUCAGAGUUCAGGAACCAGGCUGAUGAUGUGGCAGAAGGAAAAGAGAGAAUGGGUGGCCGUUGGGAGGCUCUCACCUCUACUUACGAGACCGCCCUGUAGGCUAGUUGCCAUUGGGAAGAACAUAUUUGUUGUAGGGAAGGGACUUAGCACAGUUGUCAUUGAUGUUGGCAGUGCUGUUAGUGUUGGAGGAGUAAUGGUGAGCUCUUCUAUACCCAAAUUGCCUUCUGAUGAUGAUGUAAUGAGCUGCAAAUCUCUAGCAGUUUGAAUCACUAGGCUGAAAGUGAUUUCUAGUUGAUCUCUUCUAUCAAAAUGUAAGUGCUCUGUGUACGUUUGGACAUUGUGCAUUAAGAUUCCCUACCAAAUCAUUUGUUAUACACUUGAUAAACUGCAUCCUGUUAUGUUGUAUCAGUGCUGAUGAGAAUUAUAGGAAGCUUAUUAAAAAGAUUUAGGGCUUGCUUGGAAA